UAAAAAGUGCUAGAACAAGAGAUGUUUUUUCCCCUUUGCUUCCUCACUGAGGGUUAAUUAGCGCCACAGUUUUUCUUUGACAAUUUAGUGAAAUAAACCCUAAAGCAAUGUGAACUUUUUGAACGACUUCUAUUGUUCUGCUGCUUUCCGACAUGUCCGCUUUAAGAGGAACCUCUAGCAACAAGCUGAAUUUAUUGGUCGACAAGCUUCAUGAAUAUUUGGCUCAUUCCAGCAUUGAGGACAGAUAUGGCAUUCCAACAUCAGAGGAAUAUCAUGGUCAGAUAAACAAACGGUUUUCUGUGGAGAACUCGAGAGUGGAUAAUGUUACAGAGGCUGCUUUGGACACUAGAUAUUCGAAAAGAAAACCGUCAGUAGUUGUAAAGCACUCUGGAUUGGAUGAAUCUGGCGAAUCAAAUGCAAGUGAAGACUUUGAGAUGUCAGUCAGCUCAAAUGGUCACCUUGACGUCACUAGAUUGCCUAAAGGUACAGUGCUGGUGAGACCUGAGCCAGUGGACAACGGGAGAGAUGAAUUCAGAGGUCCAGAAUUUCGUAGUCGCAAGCCAGGGGUACUUCGGAAAGAGUUUUCAAGGAAACGUGCAGGAGGGCAACAUGUGGGAAUUGUGUGUUGUACUGCGUGUGGCCGACAAGUUAACCACUUCCGGAGAGAUUUCCUUUAUCAACAUCCGGUUCUGAAAGUGCUUAUUUGCAAGUCAUGCUACAAUUAUUAUUCAAGUGACGAUAUCAGUAAGGAUGGAGAUGGCAUGGAUGAGCAGUGCAGGUGGUGUGCUGAAGGAGGCAACUUGAUCUGCUGUGACUACUGUAGUAAUGCUUUCUGCAAGAAAUGCAUUCUUAGAAAUUUGGGCAGGAAGGAGCUCUCCAGCAUCUUGGAGAGCAAAUGGUAUUGCUACGUGUGCAGCCCAGAGCCGCUUUUUGACCUGGUGAUGGCCUGCGACACCGUCCUGGAAAAUGUGGAGCCCCUCUGGCCUCAUCAGCGGAGGAGGAACCGAGCGGUGCCGGAGAAGUCUGAACUGUACCGCAUACUGUCGCAACGCUCGGCUCAGAACAUUCCUUUGGAUAAAUGGGACCACAGUGGCAUGGACGGAAAUGUGAUCUUUAACUACAACAAUCUGCACGUUUCUAAGGAUGUUACUAAAAAGGCAAAACAUCUGGUAGACUCAACAAACGCCUUAAACCAAACAUUCAUCAGUUUCAUUGAGACGGUAACAGCAAACAAGCCUACGCCCAGUGUUCGUGCUGUGUAUUUUAACUCCUUUUUAGCUGUAGUGAAAGGCCUGCGAAAGUCUCUCACCGCACUGGAAGACAGCCUUAAGGAGGAAUUUAGGGACCUGGAUGUCGGGAGCAAUUGGGAAAAUAUCCUCAGCAGUGACUGCAAACGUCUUAUAAGAAAUUCAGACAUUGAGGUGGAUAUGCCUGAUAAAAGAUGCUUAAGCAACUUGCAGAAACUGGCAGCUGAACAUAUUGAAGACAAUGACUCUGACUCCAAAGGAUUCAUUGACCUCACAAAUGACUGUUCUGAGAAGGAACUAGAUUUAAGUUCUGAAAACAUCGGCUUGACGUCAUCUUCAAGCGAGGUUGACUUGUCUAAAAAGCUAAUUGUACAACUUACACCUGUACCUAUGGAGCAGAAAGAAUCAGCCGAUGUCCCAAUGUUGGACAAAAACUUCCCUGGGGAGGAAAAUAAAUCUAAGAAAAAGGAUGCAUCGGAAGAACAGGUUGUUGGAAAUCCUAAAACUGAGAGACAGAUGAGCAUUGACACUGCUAGUACACCUAUCUUGCUGAAGGAGAAACAAGGCAACAGACGAUCCCCUCGUUUGAAGACGACUCCGUUGCGGAGACAAAGUGACAUCACAAUCAAACCAUCGCUUUCAGGUGUAGACAGCGAGAGCGACUCUGAACCUGAGGAGACCCCUGACACAGUGACUGCCACAGGCAAUGAUGAGCAAAAUUUGAGCCGGUCAAGAGAUGACUCAGAUUCAGAUGAAGUACCUGCUGCCCUUCUUGAGCGGGCAGCGAUGACGCACAGCUCAGACGAACCUCAGAGUGACGAAGAUGGAAACCAAGCACCUCCGGACAAGGUGGCCAAGAAAUGCCUGUUUUGGCUCACCAAGAACAGUCCGAUGUCGCCGGAGAAGCUGCGGCGAAAACGCAAGAUGCUGGACCGCUCAUCUGAAUCGGAAUCGGGCAGCAGAGGAGUUAAAGCUCGACAGGAAAGCGGGACAGAUUUCUCAAGUGAUGAUCAAGACUCUCAGAAGGAAAUACAACACUUAAAUACGGUGAGGUCGAUCGGGAAGCCUCAUCUCAUGAGAAGAGAAGAGGAAGGUGUGGUGAGAAAGCAGAAGAGAAUGCAAGCUAGCAAGUCUAAAAGGAAACGCCAACAAGAUGUGACUGAUUCGUCAUCCUCGUUGAGCGAUGAUGAACAAGAAGAUGAUUCUGGCAGCGACGUAAGUGAUCAGAAGAUGAAACCGAUCACAGAAAAUGUGGCAUCACUCGGAGUAGCAGCAUUCCAACAAUCCUCAGGAGAUGAAGAGCAGUCUGGGCCCUCAUGGGCAGCAGAAGAUGAUGAAGAUCCUGAAAAUAGAAUCGCUAAGCAAUUGCUAUUGGCCCAAAUUAAAGCCAACCUCUCUUCGGAUGGGGACAUUUCUUCCGAAGGGGAAACUCAGGAGGAUCAGUCUGAAUCAGAUGGCGACGGAGAACCUAGUCAAGGCAAUGAGGAUGAUAAUGCAGCAAAUACUCACAGAGAAGACCUGGUUUCAGAGUCAUCAGACAGCAUGCUCGAUGAGCCAAAGUCCAGGCACCAUCUUCUCCGCCACAAACUCGCAUUAGAUGAGGGAGCUUCCAGUGACAAGACAGAACCUGAGGGUGAAGUAGGGAUGCAGAAGAGCAAAAGAAGAACCAGGAGGAAACGUCUGUUUUCUGGUAGUGAGACUUGUAGUGAAGGUAGUGAAGAGACGGAGAUGAGCGAGGAGCUGAGUGAGUCCGAGGAUGAGGCUGCUGAAGAUGGGAUCGAGAGAUCAAGCAAACGAGAAAAGGAAGCAACUUGUAGUUUUAAACUGAACAAGCAAGUGCCCUGCAUUUUAUUGUCUGACUCCAGUAUCGAGCAGAGCGACGAAGAGGAUGCAAAUCAGGAGAACAGCGAAAGUAAAGGCACCCCAAAAGGACGCAAAAAGAUCCGCAAAAUUAUUGACGAUGAGAAUCUCCGUGCUGAGACUCAAGAAGCCCUCAGGGAGGAAGAGGAGAGACGUCAGCGUUUGGCGGAUAGAUCGCAACAGAUGGAGGACUGGAGAGAGAUAACUGUAAUCCCAGAUGAGUUGUCUCAAGUGGAAUGUCCUGUCACAACCAAGCUGGUCCUGGACCAGGAUGAAGAGACCAAGUUGCCGCUUGUUCAGGUGCACAGGAACCUGGUUACGAGCCUGAAGCCUCACCAAGUGGAAGGUGUCCAGUUUAUUUGGGACAGUUGCUGUGAGUCUGUGAAGAAGGCCAACUCUUCCCCCGGAUCAGGCUGUAUCUUGGCACACUGCAUGGGUUUGGGAAAGACUCUGCAGGUGGUGGCCUUCCUUCACACGGUGCUGCUGUCAUCAAACCUGAAGUUCAGAACAGCCUUGGUGGUUUGUCCACUUAAUACCAUCCUCAACUGGGUCAGCGAGUUCAAGAGAUGGCAGCACAGCCUUGGAGAAGAUAGAGUUAAGGUUUCCGAGAUGGCUAAUGUGAAGCAUCUUCCGGAACGUCUUAGAGCUCUGCAAGCGUGGCAGAGAGACGGAGGAGUCAUAAUAAUAGGGUAUGAGAUGUACCGCAACCUGUCCCAGAACUCUAACGCCACCAACGAGGAGUGCAACAAGGAGCUGAAGAGCGCAUUAGUAGAUCCAGGUCCGGACUUUGUGAUCUGUGACGAGGGUCACAUUCUUCGUAAUGAAUCGUCACGCAUCUCUAAAGCCAUGAACAGCAUCAAGACCCAGAGGAGAGUGGUGCUGACGGGUACACCGCUUCAAAACAACCUCGUUGAGUACCACUGCAUGGUAAAUUUCAUCAAGAAGAACCUCCUGGGCUCCCUGAGUGAGUUCAGAAACCGCUUCAUCAACCCCAUCCAGAACGGCCAGUGUGCCGACUCCACCCCAAGAGACGUGCGGAUCAUGAAGAACCGCGCUCAUGUUCUCCAUGCGGUUUUGGCUGGAUGCGUGCAGAGAAGAGAUUACUCAGAGCUAACUCAGUUUCUGCCUCCAAAACUUGAGUAUGUGCUGCUGGUGAGGAUCUCUCCACUUCAGUAUAAGCUGUAUCGCUACUACCUCGACCACGUUGCAGGUGAGGGCUCAGCAACUAGGCAAAAACCCCAGAAAACUGGCGCCAACCUUUUCAAGGAUUUCCAGGUCCUUACCCGGAUCUGGACUCAUCCAUGGUGUCUUCACCUCAGCGAUCUCAGCAAAGAAAGCAGGAAGAAGAAUUUUUAUAAGAGGAAUCAGCUUCAGAUGAUCAAUGUAGAGACGAUUGUGGCGGAGAGUGGAUUGAAACAGAACGAAGGGAAUGAACUAAAUGUCAAUGGACACAGUACCAAGUCUACUGACGGACCCCAAACUGUCCGAGUGGUGGAAGGUGAGAAAUCAUCCAGCAGCUCGAGGUGUCAGAGUCCCGUUGAAGCCUGGUACAGGCAUCUGCUGUCUGAAAGUGACGCCAGAAUCAUGGAGCAUUCUGGGAAAAUGGUGCUCUUGUUUGAAAUCCUCCGAAUGGCCGAAAGCCUGGAUGACAAAGUGCUGGUGUUUAGUCAGUCCUUGGUCUCACUGAACCUGAUUGAGGAUUUCCUCGCAGCUUCUCACAAUGCUAGAGACCCAUUAUCAUCCGUCAAAGAGGGCAGCUGGAUUAAAAACGUGGAUUACUAUCGACUUGAUGGCUCUGUCAGCGCCUCAUUGAGGAAGAGAUGGGCGGAUGAGUUUAAUAAUUCUGACAACUUCCGUGGCAGGCUGUUUCUGAUCUCAACGAGAGCCGGAUCACUUGGGAUCAACCUUGUGGCUGCUAACAGGGUCGUCAUCUUUGACGCUUCGUGGAACCCUUCAUACGACAUUCAGAGCAUAUACAGGGUGUAUCGCUUCGGUCAGCUGAAACAAGUGUUUGUGUACCGCUUGUUGGCUCAGGGAACCAUGGAGGAGAAGAUCUACGAUCGUCAGGUGACCAAGCAGUCUCUGUCCUAUCGAGUCGUAGAUCAUCAGCAGAUUGAAAGACACUUCACUUUUCAUGAGCUGACUGAACUCUACAAAUUUGAGCCGGACCUGCUCGAUGAUCCAAACUCUAAGAAAAGCAAGAGAGCGACACCGAUUCUCCCGAAGGACAGCAUCCUAGCAGAGCUGUUAAAAAUCUGUAAAGACCGGAUAGUGUCUUACCAUGAGCACGAAUCCCUGCUGGACCACAAGCAUGAGGAGGAGCUCAGCGAAGCCGAGCGCAAAGCUGCGUGGGCCGAGUACGAAGCCGAGUCAAACACAGUGAAACUCCCAGCCAGCUCAAGCCAGGACAGAUUGCAGAAGUAUACCAAUGAGCAGCUACUGGAAAUACUCAACAAAAGCAGAGCAAAUGUAUCGCUAGCUUUCCUGACCCUGCAGAAUAUGAGGAUUCCCUCCAUUGAGGACUACAUGGUGCGACUGCGGCAGCAGUACCCCUUCCUACCUGAGGCGGAGCUGCAGAUCAAAGCUGAGAUUUGGAGACAAUCUGACGUGAACAGACGGGACAUCACACAGUCCUUUUAUCAAGACUCUCUGGCGCAGCAUCAGUCUCUCACGUUCCAGAUUCAGGCCUUACUCAACAGUCGACGAACUCUUGUGAGUCCCGUUACUCUGAACACUUCAACCCAGCCUGGCUAGACGUGAGUGAGGGAUCCAAGCCUUCAGACAAACACGAAUGUUUUGUUCUUUGCUACGGUAGUCACUUGACUUCAUUUCUUCACUACAUAAAUGAUUGUAUAAUUGCACCCUGUAUAAAUGAGAGGAAUCCAUAACGCUGUUUUUAUCCUGCAUCACCAUGUUAGCCAAUGUGGCAGUUUGACUUGGACAUGCUGUGCAUUUUAAAUUAAGAUUGUUCACAAAUGUUAUUUGUUUAGUUUGGGGUAGCUCCUUAUUUGUUCCUGU